UCAAGACGGUUUGUUUACAUCAGAAGAUUUUAGUCCAUAUUCUUCAUAUGACGAGAAAACACGCUAAAAAUACGCAUAAUUCAAAAUAUUUUCACAUUUUCUAGAGUACACGGACAAUCAGUGGGUUGGAGUUUCUUAGAUUAGUUAAGUGGAAUUAGUAGUCGAGUGCAAUAAGUGUUGACAUGAGGAAACAUAUAAUGAAGAAUGUGUUGCCUCCUAUGCCAAUGGGACCUCCAGGAGCUCAUGGACGAACCAGACCAAGAGGACGAGGAGGCAUGGUAGGGGGGAGAAGAGACUACACACCUGUGUCAUGGAAGCAAUACUGGGACAAAAGUGAAAGUGUUACGCUGGAGAAUGGAGAUGUUUUUCAAGUCUACAAGCGAGGCGAGGCUGGACCUUUGCUCCUUUUGCUUCAUGGAGGAGGCUACUCGGCUCUCACUUGGUCUCUCUUUGCUGAGAGUGUUUCGGAGAUGGUGGAGUGCCAGGUAAUGGCUUUCGACCAAAGAGGACAUGGUGACACAAAAACCUCAGAUGAUACUGAUCUCUCGGCAGACACUCUAGCAAAAGAUGUUGGCCUUGUCAUCGAGGCGACUUAUGGACUCCAGCAGCCGCCUUGUGUCCUUAUAGGUCAUAGCAUGGGAGGAGCCAUUGCUGUCAAUGCUGCAUACUUAGAACAUGUAGCAGGCUUAGCAGGGUUGGUGGUUAUUGAUGUUGUGGAAGGAACAGCUAUGGAUGCUCUUAGUUCCAUGCAAGGUUUUCUGAGGGGAAGACCACAGAACUUCAACUCUCUGCAAAAUGCCAUCGAAUGGAGUGUGCGGUCUGGACAAACCAGGAAUGUUGAAGCAGCGAAGGUGUCAAUGCCAGGCCAGAUCAAGAACUCUGAGACUGGCUGCUGUGGCACACAUGACGUGGAAUCCUCCAUAGACAGCCUGAACCGCAACCAAGAGCCCAGCAGUGAGGGAGCGGUGCGAGCGGAUGUCAUUCCAGAGGAAACGGCUGAGAAUGAUGGAAACUCAAGCUCAGAAUCCUCCCCUCCACAGCCAAACUCACCAACAGAGAAUGCACUGCCUGUGAAAAAAUAUACAUGGAGGAUAAACUUGGCUGAGACUGAAAAGUUUUGGCCCGGUUGGUUCCAAGGCUUGUCCAGUAAAUUUCUCUCAAGCUCACCAGCAAAGAUGUUAUUGCUUGCAGGGAUUGAUAGACUGGAUACUGACCUAACAGUGGGACAGAUGCAAGGUAAAUUCCAGAUGCAGGUUCUUCCUCAGUGUGGCCAUGCUGUGCAGGAAGACACACCCGAUCGUGUGGCUGAAGUCCUGGCCACGUUUCUCCUGAGACACAGACUGACAACUCCAAAGGCAGAUUUCAACAGGAGUUUUCCCGCAUGUUGAAAAGAAUAACGAUCACCACUCAACUGAAGAAAUUGUUUUCAUGUAGUGUUGCAGCUUUGCUCUCUACAAAUUACUCAAACAGUGAUUUCCCACUUUAUGAGAAUUCUGUCACUUAAAAAUCGUCUUUGUGUGUCCUUUCUUGUAUUAGACUCAUUAGUAUUGUGUAGCUAGUAUGUGUAUUUAUGUUUAUACUAAAGAUAUGUACUAUAGAAAAAGUAUAUAAAAAAAAGAAAGAAAGAGAGAAACAACAACAGGGAAGAAAAACAGAUGAGGAGAAUUGCUUUAAGGAAUUUACGACAGGCAAAAGGUUGUUUUGUUUGCUUUCAGUGUUUUUGUUUUGUUGUUGUUUUUUAAUUUACCUUAUUUGUGUGGCUAUGGAUGACACUAUAGUCUAGCAUUAUUUUUCCGUCCUUUUCCCUUGUGGUAUUCCCACCUGUGUCUGGAUUGUGCUGUAGGAAGUUAGAAAUCAUGCGUUAACUACGGAAUAUUGUUUUUAUAACUGCUUCCUUACGUUUUUUAGAAAUUAGAUUUGAAUUUUGAUAUCAGUGAAAGCAUAAAGAGUAAUCUCGAUAGUUGGGAGUACAUUAUUAGUGCCAAAGGGACUCAAAAUUAAAAAGAAUUAAUUUUGAAAUUUGAUAGGUUGUUUGUAGGGAUAUAGAUUACAGUCACUUCUUUUUGUAUCUGAACAGUUGCAGAAGCUUUCCACAAGAAGUAUUUGAGAUAUUUUCACAUUUGCCAGUGCUCUGUCCAUGAGGGGAGGAUACUGUGUUUUUUAAUUAUUAUUCAUCCUUUAUUAAAACAGUGUAGAUCUAAGUGGAAAUAUUUGAUAGUUGCAACAGCAUUUAAGUUUGUGCUAAUAUUUAGUGAGUUUCAGGUCAAUAAUAUGUAAGUUGCUGCUUGAAUUAGUACAACUUUAAAGUUAAAGUGUCUGUAAGGCUAAGCACUUUUGUCCAAAUAUUUUUACCGGAAACAAUUUGAAAAUUACAAAAGUUGGGAUGAAAGUAAAAUUUUGAUGAUAUUUCUUUAGCUGAAUUUAUAUAUAUUUUUUGCAGGCAAUAUAUAAACUUGCUAUUUAUGUCUAUAUAUAUUUAUAAAAAAAAAAAAAAAAGGAUUGUUCAUUAUACUAACUUUGAAUAACAAAUGAAGAAGAAUAAAAAUUGUAGCAUUCACAGUAGAUGAGUGAAAAAAAAAUUUUGCUUGAAAUAAGUAAGAAAUCUUUUUACAUCUCUGACUGAUAAGACUAGGGAAUUUAUUCAUUUGAAUAUCUUGCAAGGGACAAUUAGAGCUGAUUCUCAUUAAAAUAUUUGAAACUAGGAAUAGUAAAGAAUAAUGAAGAUGAGAUAUUGUGUAGGAUGUACAGAAAAUAUUUUCACGACUAAUUGAAAUGAUCAGUGCUAAUGUUUUCCUUUAUAUUCUAUAUGUGUUGUUGUUGAGAAGAAACACAUAUCACUAUAUGUAUGAGAAACAGGCUGAGAAUAAAGAUUUCUUCAUUAAUAAUAAUAAUAUCAAUCAGUGAUAUCAACUGAUGAACUCUUUGAAAAUGUUUUCCACAAGUGAAUGAAAUUGUUACGUGAAGUAGCUGUGAUAAAGACAUGCUAUUCUCAUGCUCAUUCACAAAAAUGAGACUUCUGUAUUGUUAACAAUGUCUGUUAAUUUUUUUUUUUUUUCGGUUUUGAUGCUACUGAACCCACAUUAUUAGUGUAUCAACUAGAUGAAUGAAAUAGAUUACUAAUUAUGUGACUACCACAAAGAGCAGUUAAUGUCACAGUCAUUUUCCAUGCCUUAAAUAAAGGUACAAUAAUGAAAAACCCACAAAGUAAGACAUUAAGCAGUAUUUUAAGAAUGUCGGGUGAACUUAUAAUGUUACUGUAUUCCAGAAAAUUUAAUUUUAAGGAAUAUAUUUGUUGGACAUUUAAGGGAUGAAUAGAUAGAUUACUAUUUAGAUUUUGAUAUAAUAAUAUAUUGUAAAGUCUUCUUGAUUUCUCUAACCAUGAAAUUUGAAUAUAGAAAUACCUGGUGGGUUGUUGAUGAUGAUGUUGAAUUGUUACACCAAAUAUUUAGGAAUAAAAGCAGGCAGCUUAUUGUUUUGCAAUAUUUCUUAAAGGAAUAUCCUGCCACAAUAUCAUAGCUAAUAGUAAAUUUGUCAGUGACAGUAUGAACACUAGUGGCUUUGCAGUAUUAUGUACUUUAAAUUAAAAUAUCAUGAAUACACAAAAAUAUAGAAAACACAGAUCAAUUAAUAAUGAUGUAGUUAUUACCUGUAGUGGUAAUUAUAUAUAUUUG